CCGAUGGCGCUUUUUGAGCCAUUACCGUGGACAGGCUGCACAGUCGAUCAUUCGAACGGCAGUCUUCUGAGUCUUCCAUGCAGCCGAUAACCGUUUGUCAGCGCGUAUCGCCAGUACAUUCAAUUGGCCCCCCGGCUACAAGUGCUGCAAGUCCCGGACGCAAAGCAAAAGCAAAUCGAGCAGCAGGCGACGACUUGUCAUGCAAGCAGGAAGUUAGGCAGAACCUCGGUGCUCGAGCGACCGUUUUGCAAGCAUUCAAAGCCAUAAGUAUUAUUUCACCGUCCUGUGUUUCAAGGUGCGGGAGCAUUACCACGUUCCGCGUGUAGCGUGCCGGGUACGCAGUCCGCGUCAGUCGCGGGUUUCUUUCGUCCUCUCCACCCGCCUGGCGUCCUCCCCCAUCGAUUCUGCUCCAUUCAGUAGAGAACGGCAAUCUACGUCGUUCUAGCGAUAAAUCAGCCGCGACUGGCUUUCAUGUUCUGUCGCUGACAAUUUCGAAUCCGACUCGGUUCCGACCGACCGCGUUUCGCCUCCUGUGGCCGGAGAGGACCACAGCCCAAUUACUGUACUCUGACUUGACUCUUUGACCCUUACUAGCGCUACAGGACUCGACCGGACCCACACUCCGACCUGCCAGAAGUCCGCGGCCUCAAUUUCUCGGUUUCGCGACGACACACGUUUUGGCAGCCGAGCCGACAGGACUCGUGGACACAAUGUCGAAUUGAGAGCCAACAGCAAGGCCCAGCAGCCGAAAUGCCGAGCAGUGCGUUCAAGAAUGGCGCACCAUGGACGGAGGAAGAGGACUCGCUGCUCGCCAAGUACCAGGCAAUUUACGGCAACAAGUGGGCGUCUGUGAGCCAACAUAUUCCUGGUCGAACCGGCCAGUCGUGCGCCCAGCGCUGGCGGCACAAGGUCAACCCAAAUAUUGUCAAGGAUAAAUGGACAACCGACGAGGACAGCAAACUAACCCAGCUUGUGGCCGAGCAUGGCAUUGGGAAAUGGGCAACGGUUGCCCGGCACCUGCCAGGCCGCACCGACCAGCAAUGCAUGGGCCGGUGGAGGCGGCACCUGGACCCUAACAUCCGCAAGGAUGCCUGGAGUGCGGAGGAGGACGCGCUGCUGCAGCGGCUGUAUGAGGAGCUGGGCACGGCGUGGUCGUGCAUCUCAAAGCAGAUCGCCAACCGCACGCCACAGCAAUGCCGCGGGCGGUGGUGCAUCCUGUCCGGCCUAGGCAAAAACAAGAUGCCAAGCCCCGCUGCGCCGCAAACGCCGCACCCGGAGCGCGGCCGCCUACGGAAGAGCACCGGCGCCAUCGCAGUUGCAGCCUUCCCGUCCGCCCGACACGAGCAGGCGCCUCCUCUGCAGCAGCCGCCGGCCGGUCAGGCCUGCCCCUCCACCAUCACACGACGCGGCGCUGUCACGGAGCUGCCGGCCCUUCCCGCCUCGGCCUGUGGGCCCAGGCUGUGUGAGGCGCCGACUGUACAGCAGGCGCGGCGGACACGCGCGGCUGCGCGCAUCAGUACAGCGGCAGGCAUGGAGCCGCUCUCAGCUGGGGGUGGCGAGGAGCAGGGGGGCGCGGCAGCUGGCGCCCUGGCGCCGCGGACGCAACCGCGGCUGGCACGGCAUCGCACCCGCCUCGGUGGCGUGCGUGAGGCCGAGGGUGGUGCGGCGCCGGUCACGUCAGAGGAGCAGGAGAGCCAUGGCAGGCAGCCCGGUCCAGAAGGGGAGGACGAGGAGCCCGCGCCUUCGGCCACGGAGGAUGAGUCAGAGGGCCAGGAGGUGCAGGACGCAUCGGACUGCCAGGAGGACGACGUCAACGGCAACACCCGUACUCGCCGCGGCCGACUAGUGCUUGGGCGGCGGCUGGUGUCCUUCCGCACAGGGCCACGCAACACCGUCCGGCGCCCCUCCAGCCGGCUCACCGCCACGGCCACCAUGAUCACAUCCCCGGGCGCCCGCGCCGCCUCCGCCGCUGCCCGGCCCGCUGCCAACCGUGUCAGCGCUGCUGCCGCCGCCGUGGCGUUGUUGUCGCCACCGCGCGGCGCCCUCGCCCUGGCUCUGUGUGAUGACGAGGACGAGGAGGCGAUGCUGAGGGGCCUGCUUGAUGACGAGGACGACCUGCCGCCCCCACCCCUGCCGGGGCCGCCGUCGGCCGCCACCAAUGCGCAGUCGCCUCAGGGCGAGGCCGGCAGCGACCAGCGGCUCCACACGCCGGCCGCCGACGACCAGCCGGUGCGCGCGCUGCGGCCUGCAACUGGGGCCGCUGCAGGUGCUUCAGCUGCCGCGGCGGCGGCGGGGGCGGCGGACGACCAAGGUGUGGAGCGCCUUCGCAGCGGUUCUGAGGCCGGUGUCCCAACUGGCUCCGCAGGGGCGCCAUGCCGCGGAAGCCACCGCCGCGCGGCCAGCCAGCCAGAGACUCGCGUCGAUAGCAAGAUGGCCUGCGGUAUCAGCUUGUGGGCUGCAGAGGCGGAGGCGGAGGGACUUCCGGAUGUGCCGACGCGCAAGACCCGCAGUGGCCGCGUCUACCACCUGUCCUCCUCCAGCACCUGCACUAACACCAGUGCCUGCGGCUCGCAGCGGCGGCGAAACCGACCGUCGCCGACCGGGCCGCCUGACACCGCCGCCACCAGCACCAAGGACGAGGCCGCGCCGUCAAGCACGCCUGUCGCAGAAAUGGCAGUGCUAGCGCUUGAAGUGACAGUGGCCGCAGCCGGAGCGGGGCCCUCAAACGCAGCCGUCUCGGGUGGGCCGUCCACCACUGCCAUCCGUGCGCCGCGCCAAGACGCAGCGCACCUGAGCGGCGGUCAGGCCGUUGCUUCGCCGCGGCCCAUGCUGUCAGAGGACGAGGGCGACGCAGCGGAGGCGCCGCCUCAGCCUGGCGUGCCUGACGCCGAGCAGCAGGCGCCUGCACCGGUACCGGCACCUCUGCCUCCGCUGGAGGCCGCGGGAGUUGCGCAGGAGCUGCUGCAGAAUCUCAACAGCCCGCCGCCCCUCCAGGUGGUUGGCCGGCUGCUCACUGGGGGCAGCACGCGCUCUUCCUUCGGCCUACCCGAGGUGCUGCUGGGAGCAAACGGCGUUGGGGGCGCCGCCGUGGCCGGCCACGCCGCCUCACCUGGCGACGACCUGCCCGCCGCUGACUGGAACGUGGUCGGCUCGCCGCCCACCAGCUCCCUGCUGGCUCUGCUGCAAGCAGGCCUGCUGCAGACGCCCACUGGCACACCCGGCGCAAGCCCCGGCCCCAGCAUCCUGCGCGCACCGGUGCAGCAAGACAUGCCGCAGGUCACGCCUGGUAUCAGCAACCAAUGGUCGGACGUGCAGGCCGUGUCCUGGUCUGAGUGGCGCAACAUCCACGCCGGCUUCGGCGUGCUGUCGCGCGUGCCUGGCCUCGCGUGCGGCAGCGCCGCCGGCACGCCCGACAACACGCGCACACUGGCGCGCACUGCCUCCGCUGCUGAGAGCGCGCGGGGUGUCGGCUUCACGCCGCGGCGGGACAUGUUUGUCCGGCCGCCAGGAUGCCAAGGCGCCGCAGCGGCGGGCUGCUCACCCCGGCCACCACCACUCCACAUAGGAGCUGCAGGCUCUGUCGAGUGUGACGCCGACAACGAGGGCCACGGCGGCACGCGCUCGCUGCUCACCUCGCCCAGCGGCUCCGUCAGCCGAGUGCGCCGCUCCGCGCACCGCCGCGCCUCCGCCGACGAGGCUAUCCUGCGCCUAGCAGCUGCAGGCCACGACCUGGGCGCCGCCGCAACCGCGGGAGCUGUCGCGGGGCCAAGUUCGCGCCCUGGCUCGGCGCGCGGGCAUCCUGGGAUGAGCCCCUCCGCCGGGCUGCGCAUGUCGCCGGCGGUUGCGCGCACGACGUGCGAGCUGGCGCAGGAGGCCGCACUGCCCGACUUCUGCAGCCCCAGCAAGCGGCAGCGCAUGGCUACGUCCGAGCCUGGGCAUGUCGCCGGCCCGCAGCUCGGGCAGCAACAGCGGCAGCAGCAGCAGCUUGGAGGGCUGGCGGGGCCCUCAAGCGGUGCUGCACUUGCGCUGGGUGGACUGUCCGCCGCAGGCGGCUUCGGCGCCCGGCUGCCACUGGCGCCAAGGUUCGGCACCAGCAUGCUCGGCAGCGUCUUCGGGGCGGCCGGCAAGCAGGCUGGCCUCCUUGACAACCUCACAAACGGCAACCGCUGCGGGCAGGACGGCGUCGCCGCACCCAUGUCGCUGCUGGCCCGGCUUCAAGCUGUGGAACAAGCCAUGAGCGGCGCUGCCACCGGCACUGCAGGCGCUGCCACCGCCUCAGCCAUACACGCCCCCGCCAGCAGCAACCUGCCGCCCGGGUUGCUCCGCGCGCUUGAAGGCACCUCUCCACAUCCCACAAUCGCCCCACCGCCGACCAUGCCGCUACCAGUGCUCCGGCCGCUGCCGCCGGUGCCGUUUGUUCCCAUCCCGCCCGGCCUUGCCCGCGCCCUUAUGCCGCCGCCGAGCUCGCGCGCACGACCAGCCAGCGGCGGACACGCUCCGGUGUGCACGCAUGCGCCGCUGUCCCAGCCGGGCGCCAGCGAGAACGCAUCAAUGCCCGCCACGUGUGCAGCCGGCGUCAGUCCAACAUACUCAACCCCGGUCAUGGCCACCGGUCACGAGGCGAGUGGGCUAACUGGUCCGCACGGCGGCAGCGCGGGUGUCAGCGGAGUUGGCCUGGGCGCCCUGCCCUCCUUUGCAGGCAGCCUGCCGAAGCCGCCAGUCGGCCUGCCGCCGCUGGUGCUGCCCAAGCUUCCUGGUGCUGACGGGGCGGGCGGGCGACAGCACGGCAUGGCCUCAUUCUUCCCUGUGCUCUCCAUGGCCAGCCAUCAACAACUCAACGCCGACAAGGAGAACGUCGCAGCACAUCAGCCGCAGCAUUGACACACACAAGGACAUCCGUGAACGGACACGGAUACACUGCAAGUGGUUGGACAUAGCCAACACGUAUGAACUGUGGACUGCAUUGUUAGGACAUGCUGUUUGCACCGAAGGCUAUGGACCGGCGACGGGGCGGCAACUUUUGCGAGUAGAGGGCUACGACGCGGUUGCUUUAUGACGGUUGGCCACGGUUGGUCACCCCUUAUAUGGUCGUGCUGCACAACUCGUAGCCUACUGUACAGGCAUUGCACAGACGGGACGGUAUGACGUUACGUUGGUGGGGAAGAGCGCGGCAGGGAGUCUCGUGGUGACAGUUGCUGCCUUACUGCAGCGGGGGGGGGGGGGUUACGGUGAGAGACGAGAUUACAUUACGAGUUCAUGCAGGGUUAGUGAUUGACUGACUCAUGACGUGAUUUUGCUAUGCUUUCCUAACCUGUCAGGGUUUUGCGUUGGACGACUGGCCCUUUCUAUUCAUGGAUGGCGGACUUCAUCAGCCGCGGAGAGGGUGCAUAAUGUGUGUUCAUUUUUCGCGCAGUCUGUGUGUUUCAGUGCCUAAGAAUUCCUUCUCUCUCUUUUUCGGUCACGAUCGCACCAUCUGCUGCCGGUGCUGUUCGACAAGUGCGCAUAAUACGCCAGGCGUUGCUGGACUCACUGUCUCCUUGUGCUGUGUGCGGGUCGUGUCACUGUAGGACUGCUUGAACGCCUCUCAUGCAUAGCUGACUUCCACCUAACGUCUUCCUUAGCACUCCUCUUCCACAACUCCGACACCAUCUACUUCAUAUUACCUACCUAGCAUUUACAAUGGCGCACUGCUUGAGAGCCAAAGCGUGUGUAUGGAGUGGGUACCCAGGGGGCUUGGGCACCGUGUGGCGGGCUACGGCGCGCUCGCCCCCCCUGUACCAAUGUAAUUUGUAACCGAUUGCUGAC